AUGGCGUCACUCACAGAGGUCCUGGGCGUCUUCUGCUGGUGCCUCCCGUGCUUCUCGCUCCCGGAAGACUAUGAAGAUCGCGACCCUCUUCUCCCCCAGUAUCGCGAUGACACUGUUCUUCAGAGAGAGCUGCACCAGAAGCUCCAUACCUAUCAGAUGUUCCGCGCGCUGUCACAGGGUUUCAUGCCAUCCAACGAGCAGGUCAUCGUUAACCUCAGGACGAUCCUUGCUUCUGACGUCCUAAACCCAGAAAAUGAGGAUCUCAGCGAUUCCGGGCGAGCAUUGGUGCACUACGUCAAGGUCUGGCUUAGACAAUUCAUGGAUCUGCUCAUACACAAGAAUGGGCAUGAUCAGAUUGAGGACUUCAUUUGGUAUUUGACCAAAGCCAGAGUCUCAGUUGACAUGGGGGAUAUCGCAAACAGAACCGCCAAAGCUACUUCCAAGGCCCAGACUGCUGCUGCAUACCAGAGCCUCCAAACAGUCGGCACACUGCUGCUUACAAACUCUGACUUCCGAAUCUUUCUGUCCGACUUGAAUACUAUCGGGCGUGAGGUCUUCCGUGACACAGCUUUCACUCUUUCAGAUGUAUCCCAAAAAGCAGCACAACGCAUCGAGCCGUCUAAAGAAGAACAAGAAGCCAUCAAGAAGCCCGGUGCAGAUGCGGGUCCUGCCCCUACAGAUAAGGAGCUGCAGAAAGACGUGACUGAAGUCGCCAAUGUGGUGGCGGAGAGUGCUGCAGAAGUGGCUCAGGAGGCCGAACACAGCUUCGUCGACAAGAUCAAAGGCGAUGAGAAGAGCACCCUACUGUAUCGACUAAAGCAGGCAGUUACGAAGCUGAGAGGACGCACGGAUUACUCCGAGUCGGUCUCCAUGUUGGCCAAGAUUUUGCAGCGUUAUGCCUUGGUCUACUCGCAUGUCUUCGAGGAAACGGCGGCAACGGCUGAAAGAGAUGUGGAGACGAAUCGUGAAACCCAGAAGGCGGUCGAGAACUUUUGGACGUUUGUGAAGUCCUUUGGUGAUGCAAAAGAGUGGAGUGAACUGGAGCGCAGGUUCAAGCAAGUCGUGGAGCAAGGAAAGAGUGACCCUCAGUUCGACCAACUGGUCCGACAAGCCGGAAACGCCCUCCAAGAGAUGCUGACCGACCCUGGCUUCUUCGAUCAUGCUGAGGAGAGGUUCCAGGAUUUACGGAGCAAAUCACGACAGCUGACCUCGGAUUCUUCUUUACGGGAUGAGGUCGACGGCCUCCUUGCCAAGCUGCAGUCCACUUUCCAAUCCGUCCUCAGAGAUACCGAUAUUGUGAAGCUGAUCCGUACGUCCACAUACAUCGCCAAGAUACUUUCGCCUGCGCACCAGUACACCAACACGGAGCUGGUGACUGAUGCCACUAAUGUCUUCGUCCCGAUGUUCGUGCAAGCAAUUCAGUAUGUCCCGAUACCAAGGGUCGAGGUCUCGACUCCCGAGGUCGAUCUCUUGCUCGAGAACCUCAUCAUCGAGCCUGGCAUCACCGUCAACGACACUUCCUUCCUUCCUUAUAGGCUCCGAAUCGAGACCCGGAACGAUCUGGAGAUACGGAAGGCUCGCACCAGAACAACCUCAAACGUCCAGUCACUCAUGACCAUCAAGAUCGACGGCCUGUCUAUUCGUGCUGAAGAGGUAGGCUUUUGGCUGCGAGCGCAUUCAGGUUUUUUUCAGGUCGCCGACGAGGGCAUCGCAUCGUUUGAGCUAGACGAAAAGGGAAUCGACAUUGAGAUCGACGUCGAAAUCGCCAAGGAGCGUCUUGAGAGUAUAUUGUCCCUUCGAGAUGUCCGUGUACGCAUCCAUAAGCUCGACUACAGCCUCCGCAAGUCCAAGUUUGCGUUUGCCGCAUUCGCCUUCAAGCCCGUCCUCAUUCCCAUCAUCCGCAAAGCCAUCGAAGUGCAAAUGUCUACGGCCAUCGGGGACCUAAUCCACGCGGCAAAUCGGGAACUGCUGUAUGCUCGUGAGAGGCUGCGGGCUACUCGCAUUGCCGACCCGGCCGAUAUGUGGACCUUCAUCAAGGCGGUGGCUGCGAGACUGGUUCCAGAGGAGGACCCAGAUCUCUAUACCAGAGUCGGUGUCGUCGAGCCUGGUACUGGCGUCUUCAAGGGGGUGUAUGCUCCUGGAAGCAUUGUCAAGGUCUGGAAUGAGGAGGCUGCUCAAGCCAAGCAGAGGAUUCGGGAGGGUGAAAGUGACGAGGGUUGGAGGAACGGCAUCUUUGACGUGCUCACAACCAAUGUCUGA